AAACGGAGGAAGGCCUCGAUAUUUCCAUGGCCUUGCAGUUCUAUGGGAGAUUCAAAUUCUUCCAUGAGCUAUUACCACUCGUCCAAAAGGCAAAGGAUGCUGGAGAAGACGCCAAAAUGAUGACGAUUCUUGCCGCAGCCAAAGGGUCUACAACCGACUUUGAGGACCUGGACGUGAAGAACAAGUAUUCCCUUAGAAAAUCCAGUGCACAUGUUUCCACCUUCAAUGAUGUGAUGGUCAAGGUAUUCGCUGAACGACACCCCGAUAUCACUUUUAUCCACGUGUAUCCUGGCGUCGUGGAUACUCCCGUUAUGCGCAUCAACUGGUGGAUGAGCAUGCUGAUGGACGUCGCCAAGCCAUUCAUGCGCAAACCAAAAGUUGCCGGACAAAUCUUACUCUACCCACUUCUCAAUCCCAAGUUUGACGGAGGAGCCUACUACCUGAACGAAUAUGCUAACAAGCUGUCAUUGAAUAAUACGUUCACUGACGAUUUCACGAGAAAAGUAUGGCAGCACGCGCUUCAAAUGGCCCAAGUCCAGGAGUAG